AUGAAGCUGCGCAGUGGAAAAGAGACGGCCGCAAGGCCCUGUAUACUCUACAAGCUUGCCCCAGAGACGCUGAAGAACAUCUACAGAUACUACCUCCAACUGGAUGAACGCGUGGACGUGCUUACUGUGCGUGACACCAGUCUGAUUGCAGCUCUACGACCUUGUGAGGACCUGUAUCAUGGAAUUCUGGCCUACAGCUAUGAAAAGCACCUCAUGAAACUUCGCCCUCAUCUAGAAAGCCACAGACGACAAUUUCUUGCGAUGAAACCUGAUGUGUUUGCUCUGGUAAAGAAUCUUCAUAUUGACCUAGGGUAAGCUAUUCCAUCCUUCGAAACUUACAGGAAUACCUGCCUCACUAAUAUCCACCCAGCACCGCUCAAUCAGUACAAGAAAUCAUGAUUGCAGAUCCCCUCUUCUUUACAAACGCCCUUGCGAAACUCCUCCAGCAUGGUCAUCUUCAAGCCCUUGGAAUUGCACUUGAGUUUCAGCACACACAAUUCCUUUAUCCUCCCGCUCCUCAACCACUUCCUGGAUCCCAAAUACCAAGGUCUGCGAGAACUCUUCAUCGAUAUGCCCAAUAGAGAUACGGAUUCAACUAUUGUGUACCAUGGGGGCUACACGAAUAACGAGGUGGUUCUCAUGAGGGGGGCUGCCAACAGUAUUAGCGAUAUGGUCAGGAAUGUGCGAUACGAUGAACCGGGACUGUGGUGGUUUCGAGUCCAUCAGCAGCUUUUUGAGGGAGCAACUCCGCGCCGUAUCCAUUGGGUACUUUACGAGAAGGGUCGUCCGGCUCAGGGUGCGAAGAAGCCGGUACGAAGAUGGGAGUAG